AAUAAAAUUUAUGCAAUGAAAUAAUGCUCAAAAGCCCACACUUUACUCUCCUACCGGCCAGUGGUGGUUUCUCGGUUCCAAAGAGAUCCUCCUCGCGUGGAAGGCCUGCAACCCGACAUGGGAUACGAUUUCCACGCAAUUCCUAUAAUUGAUGUCAGCCCCCUUUUGUGUAAGUGUGAUAGUCCUAUAAUGAUUGAAGACCAAGAAGUACGUAAGGUUGUAAGGGAGUUAGACGAGGCAUGUAGAGUGGCUGGAUUUUUCUAUGUGAAGGGCCAUGGUAUCCCUGGCUCACUUGUCAAUGAAGUUAAAGAGGUGACACGGAAAUUCUUUGAUCUUUCAUAUGAGGAAAAGGUGAAGAUUAAGAUGUCACCGAAAACUGGAUACAGGGGAUACCAGAGGAUUGGGGAAAAUAUAACUCUUGGAAAACCGGAUAUGCAUGAAGCUAUUGAUUGCUACAGACCUAUGGAAUCAGGAGAAUAUGGAUCUUUAGGGAAAACCAUGGAGGGACAAAAUUUGUGGCCUGAAAGUCCUUCAAACUUCAAGUCACUGAUGGAAGAGUACAUCGGCCGUCUCAAAGAGCUUGCAAGGAAAAUAAUGCAGGGAAUUGCAUUAGCAUUAGGUGGACCUCCCGAAACAUUCGAAGGUGAAAGGGCUGGCAACUCAUUUUGGGUAAUGCGGAUCAUCGGAUACCCAGGUUUAAUAGGCGAUAUGCAAUAUAAUGAUGUUGGAUGUGAAGCUCACACAGACUAUGGUCUUCUAACAUUAGUUAACCAGGAUGAUGAUAUUCAUGCACUUCAGGUUAAGAACGGAACGGGUGAUUGGAUAUGUGCAGUUCCAGUUCCUGGAACCUUUGUCUGCAAUAUAGGCGAUAUGCUCAAGGUUUGGUCUAAUGGAUUAUACCAGCCAACUCUUCACAGAGUAGUUAACAACUCUCCGAAGUAUCGGGUCUCAGUUGCAUUUUUCUAUGAGCCAAAUUUUGAUACGGCUGCUGAACCUUUGGAUUUUUGCUUAGAAAAAACCAGCGGAAUUGUGAAAUACCAAAGAGUUGUUUAUGGAGAGCAUUUGGUUAGUAAGGUUACCACCAACUUUUCUUCUUAGAUUUAGUUCUGUUAUUGCUGCUCAUUUCAAUGUAAAUCUUAAAAAAAUAAGAAGGUUCUUUCAGUUCAUCUAAAAGCAAGCUGUUUAUAUUUAAAUGCUUAAAGUUUGAAAACAUUCUUGUUUAUAAUUCAAGUUUUCAUUAUGUUAUUGUAAUUAGUUAGUUAAAAUUGUUUGUUUAGUUGUAGUUAAGUUGCUUGAUAUGACAUUGUAGUCUAUAAAUCUCUGUUGGGGAGAAUGAGAAUGAUGA